UCCCUGAGCACAUGAAUGGGAGCCGUGUCAGAGAUGGAGGUGCUGAUGAUUUCAGUGUUUGAAGACAGCCAGAGACAAAGCCCUGUGCCAGAGGAGUGUAGGUUCUAUGACGGCGACUUCCACAAGAGUGAGGUAAUCCUGGUGCAGGUAAACCCAGGUGAGGCCUUCACUAUUCGACGAGAGGAUGGUCAGUAUCAGUGUAUCACAGGUCCUGCUCAGGUUCCCAUGAUGUCCCCAAAUGGUUCAGUGCCUCCAAUCUAUGUGCCUCCUGGAUACGUCUCACAAAUCAUUGAAGAGAACGGAGUGCGGAGGGUUCUGGUUUUACCUCAGCAACCAGAUUUCCACCCCGGGGGUCAUUCCCCGCUCCACCACCCUCCACCGCCGCCCCAUGCACACCUGCCUGCCUUCAUCCCGCAUCCCGCCAUGAUGGGCCCGCCGCCUCACAUGUACACAGGCAUGCCAGGGGGCGUGGGGGACAUGAGCUCCCAGUACAUCCCCCAGUACCAUCCAGCUCAUAUCUUCUCAGAGCAGGAUUCUCACUCCCAACACGGACGGCAGACUUUUCUUCACCGAGAUGACAGGGCGAGCAAAACACACGAACGCCUCCAGAAGAAACUGAAGGAGCGUCAAGGUGGAGGAGGAGGAGGAGGAGGGGGUCAGGUGAAGGACAGUCCCCCGUCUUCACCACAGAAGUCCUGCAGCAGCCCCCCAACGGUGGACAUUCACAACGGCAUUGGAGGAAAGGCGCUUGACGCAGAGCACAGGCACGGGGUCGCCUGCUCCGACAGGCAGAUUGGCAAGGGAAAAAACGGAGAGUCAAGAGAACUUGACAAAGAGGCCCAGGCGCUGCUUGCACUUUUGAGCAACAUCAGUAAACCAGUGGUGUCGGACAUCCAGGCCAGAGGAGCAGUGGUCAGCUGGAGUGCACCCACCAGACCGGAGAGUGAAAACAACACUGUGGAGGACGACACUAGCCUCCCUGAGGCCCUGAGCUAUGAGGUUGGCAUCUCUAUUAAUGGCAAAGAUGGAAAAUACCAGAACAUUAGCAGUGUGCAUGAACUAAGUGCAACCUUAGAAACUCUCCGACCAGCAACAGACUAUCAUGUCAGGGUCCAGGCAGCGUGUAACUGUUUACUGGGAAGCCCUUCGGAAGCUGUGAGCUUCACCACAUUAAGCUGUGAGCCAGAUCCUCCUAGUCCUCCCAAGAAGGCCAGUGGGACCAAAAACACACUUGUGCUCACGUGGAAGGCUCCAUGUGACAAUGGUUCCAAAAUCAAAAAUUAUAUCCUUCAGUGGGAUGAGGGCAAGGGAACCGGCACCUUUGAGCAGUGCUACUAUGGACCUCAGAAGCAGUAUCGAGUGACCAAGCUUGCUCCCGCUUCAAGAUACUCCUUCCGCCUUGCUGCAAAAAAUGACAUGGGUGUGAGCGAGUUCAGUGAAGUGGUGGACCUGUUCACCUCAUGCAGUGUGCCAUUGCCACCCUUCCCUCCAGAGCUGGAGAUGGCGGGAGUGACCUUUCUUAGUAUGAAGUGGCAGCGGCCCGGCAGCUCGCCUAAGGAGGAUGACAUCUACUAUGUUCUUGAGAUGGAGGAAGAAGGCUCGGGAUAUGGCUUCCAGCCAAGCUAUGACGGUGACGAACUCUCCCACACCGUGAGGAAUCUCCGCAGGAGCACCAAGUACAAGUUUCGGGUGGCGGCAUACAACUCAGAAGGGAAGAGUAACCCCAGUCAGGUUGUGGAAUUUAUCACAAAGCCAGACAGACCCAGCUGUCCCUGCAGGCCUGUCAUCAGAGGAAGAGUCCAACCCGACAGCUUCAAAAUUGCCUGGGAGCCCCCUAAAGAUAACGGUGGAGCAGAGGUAACCAAGUAUGUUGUGGAGCUCUCUGAGGGCUUAAGUGGUUUGCUGUGGGGGCUGGUGUACUCGGGCCCAGCUCUGGAACACGUGUGUGACGGUUUGAAGCCCGGCUGCUCCUACCAGGCCCGGCUUUACUGCAUAAGUGAGGGGGGGCAGAGCCCGCUGUCAGAAACCCUGCAGGUCCAGACUCCCGCAGUGCCCCCAGGGCCCUGCCUACCCCCUCGGCUGGUGGGCAAGCCCAAAGCCAGGGAGGUGCAACUGCGCUGGGGCCCCCCACAGGUAGACGGAGGAAGCCCCGUGUCGUGCUACAGUGUAGAAAUCAGCGGACCACAGUCUGAGGAGAGCAGGGAGGUUUAUCAGGGCACGGAGCUGGACUGUUCUGUGGGAGGAUUGUUUCCUGGCAAGACCUACAGCUUCCGACUCAAAGCAGCCAACAAGGCCGGGUUUGGACCUCUCUCGGAGCGCUGCGAGGUUACGACUGGCCCCGGAGCCCCCGAGCACUGCAGGGCGCCUUCGACCACAUGCAAAUCGCCCAGUUGUGUUGUUGUGAGCUGGGAAGCCCCUCCUUGCAACGGCGCUCCAGUGACGGAGUUUCGUCUUGAGUGGGGAGCAGCAGAAGGCAGCAUGCAGGUGUGUUACAGCGGGCCGGGACUCAGCCACGAAAUGAAGGGGCUGCUGCCCGCAACAAACUACUUCUGCCGUGUGCAGGCUGUAAACAUGGCUGGCGUGGGGCCCUUCAGCGAGGCAGUGCUUUGCCAGACACCCUGCUCGGUACCCGCGGCCGUCAGUAACAUCUAUGUACUAAAAGAGUCUGAGCUGCAGAGGUAUGGGACUUCUGCAGACGAGGAAGAGGAGGAGGAGGAGGAGGAAGUUGAUUCCCGCCCACAGCCGGUCAUUUCCCCGUCAACCUGCCUGGGCAUCUCCUGGGACCCUCCAUGUAAUCACGGCUCCGAGAUCACUUCCUACCUGAUCGACCUCGGAGAGAGGCAACCUAUCGUUGUCGGACCAGUAACCAAACACGUCAUCCAACAUCUGCAGCCCGACACCAGCUACCGGAUCAGAAUCCAAGCCCAGAACAGCCUGGGAACGGGGCCCUUCAGUCACACCUUUAAACUUAAGACGAAGCCUCUGCCACCGCAGCCUCCCCGGCUGGAGUGCACCGCCUUCAGCCACCAGACCCUCAGGCUCAAGUGGGGCGACGGCCCAGCAAAAGCUGCCACCUCGGACGCCCCCCAGUAUCACCUGCAGAUGGGGGAUAAGAAUGGCAGAUUUGUCUCCUUGUAUAAAGGACCAUGCCACACACACAAAGUCCAGAGGCUUAAUGAGUCUACCUCUUACACGUUCCGCAUCCAGGCCUUUAAUGAGGCGGGCGAAGGGCCCUUCUCCAGUGUUUACACAUUCACCACCCCACGCUCCCCUCCACCUCCUGUAAAAGCCCCUAAAGUGGAGCGUCUCGACGAAAACUCCUGCGAAGUCUCAUGGGAGGCCCUACCACUCAUGAAGGGGGACCCGGUUAUCUACAGCCUACAGUGCAUGAUGGGAAAUUCGGAGUUCAAACAGGCUUUUAAGGGUUCUGCCACAUCCUUCCACGUCCAGAACCUGCAGCCCAGCAGCGACUAUCGUUUCCGUGUGUGCGCCAUCAGGCAGUGCCAGGACGCCACAGAACUGAGCGGACCUUACAGCCCCACGGUGACCCUCUCCCCGCAGCGAAACGACGCGGUGUCGAGCAGCGGCGCCGCGGGGCCCGGCUCGAGGACCAGCGCCGAGUCCAUCCGAACCAGACAGAGCCUGACGGACGAGCAGUGCGCCUUCCUCCUCCUCAUGGUCUUCGCCGUCAUCGCCAUCCUCAUCGCUUUUGUCAUCCAGUACUUUGUCAUUAAAUGAGGAGUCUGCGGCACCUCGGCUGCUGGGUUAUAGCUUUAUUCUCCCCCCCGUUUCCUCCUCCCGUCAUCUCUCUGUUGUUUUGUGUUCUCUGUUUUGUACUUUAACUGUUUUCCGGUUCGCAACGGCGUAAUCACGUUAGCUGAAACGGGGUGCAGCAGGAGAGGGACGUGUGUUAUCAAUCGAGGACGUAACAUCUCAUUUGGCACCUGUGAUUCCUUCCGGACUCUCCUAACUCUGUCACCCCGCUCCAAAGUUGCGGCUCCCAUUCAGUUCAGAUUUAUAGUCAAUAGCGGUCAGCCUCCUGUGCAGAACGACUUCUGAAAGCGUAGCGGGUCCUUUUUUUUUUUUUUUUUUUUUGGGAAAAGAGUUUUGGGGGAAGAUGGCGCAUUAACGAAAUGUAUAGAAACUGUCCAUAUUUAUAUUUCCAUUUCCAUGUCCAGUAUGAAACUGUUUUUGAUAGAUGUGUUCCAAAAAUAGUUUGUAGGUUCUGUCUUUAGCCAACGUGCUUUUUGACUGUGGGACCUGAAGGGCCAGUGUUUGCACAGUGAGGUGUGUGUGUGUCCAGGUGUGUGUACUCUACGUAGUCCGUGCCACAGCUCAGACGGCUGGGAGGGCUUGGCGCCCAGAUGAAGGAACCUAAAACCCCCUCCACCCCAAAAUCCAUGCAGGAGUUACAAACACAGAAAAUAUCUCUAUCCACAUUAUAGAGCGUUCAUUUAGCACUUUUCAACCAUUUAUUAUUUUUUUUUUCAAGAUCAGAAUGUUCAAGGAUGCAAAAACGACUGGAGAAAUGUUCGUAUAUUUUUGUACAGCGAGGACACGAAGAUCAGCGGGUUUAUGGAGAAGAAAAAGAAGAAAAAAAAAGAAUCUAAGUAUAAAGUUAGAAAACAAAAACCAAACUAACAGUGAAUUCUAAUUAUUUUUACUAUCAUAUAGUUAUACUGUAGCUUGUUUUUACAAUCAUGCAGCUGCUUUACUCUGAAAUAUUGUCGUUCAGCACAAAAAAAUGUAUGCUUUCUCGUAUGUUGUUUUAUUUUGUUUUCUCCUUGGUAAUUGAUUUUUUGCACCUUAGUGGAAGAAAAUCUUGACUGACUGCAUUUGUUUUUGGUCUUGUGAUGCAUUUUAUAGAGCACACUUUGAGAUUGUGCAAGCCCUACUUGUGUUUCGGGUGUUUUAAAAAGCUGUAGUAUUGCAUAACGUGUCACUGAAACAGCUCAUCUGUCAGCAGGAAUAAAGGUUUAAAAAAAAAAGGAAGAAAAAAAAAUCUGUACACCAGUUGUUUCAGAGGCCUUAAUUGGAGAGGGGAAAAAACAGUAUCUGAAGAUUUAUUAUUUUUUUUCCUUAAUUUACUUUUAAGUUUUGAUGUUUUCCUUUUUAGUGUUAGAAAACACUAAAAUGUGUUUUAUUUUCUUUUACUUUGCAGCAUUCAUUUGGUAUCGGUUAACAUAUGUAAUCCUGAGAAAAAAAAAUGAAAAGUAGUUCUUUAUAUUAAGAUUUCUGUUCUGUUCCGUUUGUCAGUUCAUACAUGUGUGAAGUAUAUUUUUUUAUAAUGUUGAAGUAAUAUAUGUUAAUACUCUCCACAGAAGAUUCAAACAACCCUGAGUCGUCAUGAAUCAUGGAAUGCAGGUGGUGGAUGCAUAAACGUGUUAUCAUGCAAAUCUAAAAAAUUUGCCUUUUUUUCUCUGUACGUUGAGUAUUUGUGACAGAUCGCCGACGACGACGCGCCGUCAGCGGUCGUCUGGCUGUAAGGUCUAGUGUUGUUGAGCAGAUCGCCGCUGCUGCUGCCGCUGUAAAAACGUGGGGAAGAAAAUAGAAACGGAGCGCAGGUACCUUGCAAAACGUCUUGAAUAAUUACAUGAUUUGGUCUUUCAGACAUUCUAAUGUCUCCCUCUUUGUCACUGAAAGAAUUCAAAUUCCUAUUUUUGAUAGCGAUCGCAAAGUGUGCCAUUUUAACACCUCUUCACCGUUGGGCUUGCUACCCUUUGGCUGGAGAGAACUCAAAAAUAAUGAUUAAAAAAAAAAAGAAAACUACAAAAAUGAGUAAAAUAUGCACAAAAAUAAAAGACCAUUUUUAUGUAAUUUUAAUGUUUGCAGUUACCUCAUACACCGUACAUUCCAAAAAGAUUUGUUAUAGUAUACAUACUACCAGACAUAUCACUUUACAAUGUUCGUUAUGGGAAAAAUGUAUAAUCAUAGAUAUGUAUCUAAAGUGUAUCUGUAUAGCCAUGAUAUCUACAAAAAGAUCCAUGCACAAUAAAAGAUUUAUAAUUCUUCAUCAUG